UGCACCCAUCAGUGUGCCCCUUAUAUUAGGUGUCACUAUCAGAGUGCAGCUUUAUCAGUUGUCCUUAUCAGAGUGUCCCUUUACAUCAGUUGUCCUCAUCAGGGUGUCCCUUUACAUCAGUUGUCCUCAUCAGGGUGUCCCUUUACAUCAGUUGUCCUCCUCAGAGUGCCCCUUUACAGCAGUUGUCCUCAUCAGAGUGCCCCUUUACAUCAGGUAUCUCCGUCACAUUGCCACCUUACACCAGGUAUUCCCAUCAGAGUGUCCCCUUAUAUUAGGUGUCACCAUCAAAGUGCAACUUUACAUCAUGUAUUCCCAUCGCAUCAGUUGUCCUCAUCAGAGUGCCCCCUUUACAUCAGGUAUCCCCAUCACACUGCCACCUUACACCAGGUAUUCCCGUCAGGGUGCCCCCUU